UUAAUAUGAAGGUGCUUGCUGCAGUUGCAGUUUCCAUUUUCACUUAUAUUGGGAUCUUUAUUUUGCUUUCCUGCUUCAAAAUAAAGAUUUCCUGGCACAAAUGCCUUAGUUUUUGGGAAUCAAAAGCUGAAGAUCACCGGAAAAUUGAAGCAUUUCUGAGUAACCAUGGGUCAUAUGCUCCAAAGAGAUACAACUAUUCAGAGGUCAAAAAGAUCACCAGUUUUUUCAAAAACAAACUAGGUCAAGGAGGAUAUGGUAAUGUAUACAAAGGAAGUCUCUGUAAUGGAAGUCAUGUAGCUGUGAAGGUCCUGAAUGGACUAAAAGGAAAUGGUGAAGAUUUCAUUAACGAGGUGGCAAGUAUUAGCAAGACCUCACAUGUUAACAUCGUGAGCCUUGUGGGAUUUUGUUUUGAGGGAUGCAAAAGAGCUCUCAUAUAUGAAUUCAUGCCGAAUGGAUCACUUGAAAAGUUUAUCUAUGAAGAAAGAUCCGAAAAUGUUCGCCAAUUGGGUUGGCCAAUAUUGUACAAAAUUGGACUAGGCAUUGCUCGAGGAUUGGAGUACUUGCAUCGUGGUUGUACCACUCGGAUUUUGCAUUUUGAUAUAAAACCUCACAAUAUCCUGCUUGAUGAAUAUUUUUGUCCUAAGAUCUCCGACUUUGGUCUUGCCAAACUGUGCGUGAAAAAGGAGAGCAUUGUGUCAAUGGUAGGUGCACGAGGAACCAUCGGUUAUAUAGCUCCAGAAAUUGUUUGCAGAAAUUUGGGAGAUUUUUGUCCUAAGAUCUCCGACUUUGGUCUUGCCAAACUGUGCGUGAAAAAGGAGAGCAUUGUGUCAAUGUUAGGUGCACGAGGAACCAUCGGUUAUAUAGCUCCAGAAAUUGUUUGCAGAAAUUUGGGAGGUGUCUCUCACAAGUCUGACGUCUAUAGCUACGGAAUGAUGGUCCUAGAGAUGGUCGGAGGAAGAAAAAAUGUUGACGCUGGAGCUGAUCGCACGA